CACUUUCGUCGAUGACUGGCUUCAGUCUGUGGACUCAGUAGCUGAGAUGACAAAGCUGGCCCAGGCUGUAAAACUAAUUCAUGCUGAUGGAGGAUUUGACAUGCGACACUGGACAUCCAAUUCUCAAGCAGUGGUCUGUGCUCUUGAGAAUAGAUAUGACAUGUUGGACAAGCCAAUUUGUUACCCAGACGUUGGUGCGGAAAAGGUUCUGGGCAUGUGGUGGCAACCUGGAGAAGAUUGUCUAACGUUUAUGGUGAAGCCAGAUACGAUCGCAAAGGCUCUGCAUGGUCGGCCAACUAAACGCCGCGUCCUGAGCAUGAUUAUGACCAUAUUCGACCCCCUUGGAAUUGUUGGAUUUUUCAACAUACGCGCAAAAAUCAUUCUGCAAAAUAUAUGGAGGAGUGGAGUCGGAUGGGAUGAGCCGCUCAAAGAAGAAGACGAGGCAGACUGGCGUCGUUGGUUGGAUUUGGUGCCAACGUUAAACAAUCUGCGUAUAGCCCGAUGUUUGAAAGGAGUUAGUGCAGCUAGAUGUCUGGAAAUGCAUACAUUUGUAGACGCAAGUGUUAAUGCAUACGCUGCCGUCGUAUACAUCCGAGCUGAAGUAGACGAUCAAGUUCAUUGCAGCCUUGUAGCGUCGAAAACAAGGGUUGCUCCAUUGAAACCAAUUUCGAUACCUCGCAUGGAACUCAUGGCUGCUGUUUUGGGACUGAGGUUGGCCAGAUGUAUCGAGUCUGAAAUGUCAGUACACGUUGACAAGAAAGUAUUCUGGACAGACUCUAGAGACGUUCUAUUCUGGAUACGUUCGGAUGUUCGUAAAUUUCACCAAUUUGUUGCACUCCGCAUUGGCGAAAUCUUAGAAGGAUCAGAUGUGAGUAACUGGAGAUGGGUCCCGUCAGCGCAAAAUGUGGCCGACGAUGGUACCAAAUGGACAAGAACGCCUGUCAUUAACGAAGCGAAUAGGUGGUUCAGAGGGCCUGAAUUUCUAUAUUCGGAUGACUCUCAGUGGCCGCAGAUGAACAUUGAUGUGAGCCAACAUAGCAACACUAUUCUGCAACACGUCGAAGAGCAAUUGGAAGCCAUGUCACCUUUGAGCUGUAUCUCACCAGACCCAGAAAGAUUCAGCAAACUGGAGAGAUUAAGAGCCGCACAGUUACGAGUAUUGGAUUUCUUGCGAUCAAUUUUCAAGAAGAGCAUGGGAUCGGAAUUGAAGAAGUUAUUAUUACUUGAGCGGCCAAUCGAGAUGGAUAUCAUUCUAAUACGAGUGUGCCAGGAAACCGAGUAUUUCAGCGAGAUGAAAUGCUUGAGAACGGGAAGCAGUAUUAUGGAUCGGAAGAGCAAGCUAUUCAAAUGCUCUCCAUACUUGGACGAGCUGAGCAUACUGCGCGUCAAGGGAAGAAUCGACCUAAUAGAAGGAGUCGAAGUAAACCUAAAGCGACCCAUAAUCCUACCAAGAAGACAUCGAUUUACAUUUCUGCUGGUUGAGUCGUAUCAUCGCCGGUACCAUCAUCUGUACGACGAGAUCAUGGUCAAUGAACUACGGCAAAAGUUCCUGAUAUUUGGUCUGAGAGCCUUGGUGAGAGAGGUUUCUCAAACUUGUCCAGCAUGCCGGAUGAGGCGCGCGCGUCCUAGGCCUCCAGAAAUGGGAAGUCUACCGCGCGAGCGUUUGGCGCACCACAUGGCGCCGUUCACCUAUACAGGAGUGGAUUACUUUGGGCCCAUCGACAUCAUCGUUGGACGACGGCACGAGAAGCGCUGGGGUGUUCUGUUCACAUGCCUCACAAUUCGUGCCGUACACCUGGAUAUCGCAACGUCACUGUCAACCGACUCUUUUCUUUGUAUUCUAAAGGCAUUUAUAGCGAGACGUGGUUGCCCGCGACGAAUGAUGUCCGAUAAUGGGACUAACUUCCGAGGUGCGAGUAGAGUGUUAAAAGAUGAAGUGGAGCGUAUAUCGACCAGGGAUGUGGAGACCAAAUACCCAGAAAUGGAGUUCAUGUUCAUUCCGCCAGGCUCACCGCACAUGGGCGGUGCAUGGGAAAGAUUGGUACGCUCAACAAAGUCCAUUCUAACGGAGAUCUUGCCGCCUGGUGGAUUGCGAGAAGAAGUGCUUCGUGCUGCGUUGGCUGAUGUGGAGGGUAUUCUCAACUCACGCCCACUCACAUAUGUACCACUGGAAUCGGCAGACUCAGAAGCGCUUACACCGAAUCAUUUCCUCUUGGGCCACUCUAGUGGAAUUCGUGAACGAGACAGCAAAAUCCAUAACGGUGACAAGCUUGCCAAAGGAUUCAGAAUUUCGAGCCAGUUAGCCGAUCAGUUCUGGAAAAGAUGGAUUCGAGAAUAUCUGCCAACGCUUACGCGCCGUACCAAAUGGUUCCAACCGCCGCCAGAUUCGAUCGCCGUGAAUGACAUUGUUGUUAUCGCAGAUGAGAAUGGCAAACGAAACAGCUGGCCCAAAGGAGUUGUGGUAGAUGUUCACCGAUCGAGAGACGGUCAGGUACGGAGUGCCGUAGUGCGCACUCCAGAAGGUAUUGUGACUCGCCCCGCCGUAAAGCUAGCCAAAUUAGAUUUGAAAAUUGGUAAUACACAACGCGAAUGCUAGUGAAUUACGGGGUGGGGAAUGUUGGCGGGCGAACUAAAUUUUCUACUGGUGCUUCGCCAGCGCAUUUCCUACUGGGCAUUUGUAAUCGGUGAUUCUCUUUUAUGCAUUGGAAUUUCACCGUUACGUUCGCUAGAAGUAGCAAUGCAGCUGCAAAUUUCGGCAGCGUGAUUUACUUUGAAUUUGUAUUUGAGCCCAUGCAGAGGCAAAUAAUUGUUAACAAUUAAAUAGGGAUUUGAAGGUGUGCGCAGAGCACGAAUAUUUCAGCAAAUAUUGA